UUUAACGUAAAUGCAAAAAAACUUAAAAUAAUUACAUCAGCAUAUUUAUAUCACUCUCGCAAACAGUUUUUCGUAGUGCAGUUACUGCACUACGAAUGUGCAAGUAGUUUCUAUAACAUAUAUAUUAUUAAAAAAUCUUCUGAAGUUAUAUAGGUAACAUGUAUCGGUUAAUUAUUUGGUUUUUGUGCUUUGGAAUGGGAAUUUAUGGGGCAGAAAACGAUGACACUAUUAUUGACAUUGUUAACGGUAAAAUCCGUGGACAGGUAAGAAAAUCAUUCACGGGAAAAGAUUUUAUUGCUUACGAAGGAAUACCCUAUGCUGCGCCACCUACAGGACAACGAAGGUUUAAGCUUCCAAAAGAACCUAAUAAUUGGACUGGAAUAUUAGAUACUACAGACAACACUCAGAUCUGUUCUCAAGUAUUUCAAACUAAUCCUAUAGCUAUCGUAGGAACAGAAGAUUGCCUAUAUCUAAACGUAUAUACACCAAAAAAUUACAAACAGUUCAACCAAACUUUAUCAGUAUUUGUUUACAUUCACGGAGGUGCCUUUCAAUACCGCUCAAAAAGUAUUUGGUUGCCAGAUUAUUUUAUUAUGAACGACAUCAUACUUGUCACUAUUAAUUAUAGGUUAGGCGUUUUGGGCUUUUUAUCAACAGAAGAUGGAGUAAUUCCUGGUAAUUUGGGUUUAAAAGAUCAACGGUUUGCUUUAAGGUGGGUGUCAAAAAAUGUAGAUAAAUUUGGAGGAAGUCCUGAUAAAGUAACAUUGGGUGGUCAGAGUGCUGGUGCAGCUUCUGUUAGUUACCAAUUAUUGGAUCCAAAGAACGAAGGAUUAUUUAGAGGAGUAAUAAUGAUGAGUGGAUCGGCAUUAUGCCAUCAUGAGCUUCAAAUAACACCCCAAAAAGUGGCUUAUAGGGUAGGACAAGUUAUCAAUUCGUCAUUUACGGGUAAAUCUGAAGAAUUGUUGUCUAUUUUGCAAGAAACGCCACUUGAACAUCUGCUUUUGACAGCCAAUUUAUUGGAAAUUAAGUCGCAAUUCCUGAAUGCGGAAAAUCCUGUAAAAAUUGGAUCCAUUGAAAAUAUUUGGCUACCAGUAGUAGAAAGAGAUUGUGACCAAGAUAUUUUAAUUGGCUCUCCAAUGCAUCAGGCAUUUAUUGAUGGCAGCUUUAUAAAAGUUCCUAUGGUUGCUGGUUUUACAACAGCAGAAAUUGUCUUUUAUCCUGAUUAUAUAAACGUCUUAACUGAUGCCAGUAAAAUAGAUGCGAACCCUGAUUUCUUGAUAGAUGACAAAUUACGAAUAGCUAAUAAGCUUGAAGCUGGGCGUAAACUAAAAUAUUCAUAUACCAAAUCGUUUAAACAAGAUCCAGAUAGCUUAAUACAGUAUCUUAGUGAUAAUUUCUAUACGACCCCUAUACUUCGCCAAGCAGAAUUAGCCAUGAAGCAUGUUCCAGUAUACAUUUACCAGUUUUCAGAUGCUUAUAAUAGCCGAUUUGAAAUUCAAGGAGAAAAAGUUACUGCACAUACAUCAGAUUUGCCGUUAAUUUUUUACAACGCCCAGAAUGUUACAUAUCCCGAAGGUUAUUUAACGCAGAGAAGAUUUUUGAAAUUAUACACCAAUUUCAUUAAAUAUCAGGAUCCUACUCCUGAGCACGAUGAUAUUUUAAUAAUUUGGCCAAAAACUACAGAAAACUUGGACUACUUGAAUAUAAAUACCACGUUGGAAGUUCUAAAACAUCCCAAAAAUUUUGAAUCUUGGAAACGAAUUUUGAAUACGUAUAUGUCCAAACCAUAUGUUGUUUAUUAAAUUUAAAUAAAAAAUAACAUAUUUUGUUCAUUCUA